AUGUUUUCAUAUAGAACGAGCACAAUGGACACUUCAUUUACGGAAUCACAAAACAUCUAUGAUAACCCAGAGUUUUUCGAGAGAUACAAUACAACUUUUGAUAGAGAAUACAAAGAGGAAGAGAUACAAACAUGGGAUGCCGGCGCUUUGGAUUGGCCAAAGCUGAAACAAAUGCUUCCAAAAUCAAUAAACGGUAUGGACGUUGCCGAUCUUGGAUGUGGAUUCGGCUAUUUCUCGAGAUGGGCUCAUAAAAAUGGUGCAAAAUCAGUGGUUGGCUAUGAUCUCUCUGAAAACAUGCUACAGAACGCCAGGAAACUAACAGGAGCAGGCUGUCCGUCUAUUAAAUUCAUUAAAGAAGAUAUGGAGAACAUCGAACUUCGUGACACAUACGAUCUAAUCUUUAGUUCGCUGGCGAUCCACUAUGUAUCGGACAUUGGCAAGUUGUUUGGAAAGCUGGGCCGCGCUGUCAGGCCAGGUGGCUACCUGGUGUUCUCUGUAGAACAUCCCAUUAUGACUGCACCGUUGGAGCCUCAGACCGAUCCGAAUCAAUAUCACAUCGAUAACUACUUUACGGAAGCGAAUCCACAAGAUAGAAUAGACUUCCACAGACCAAGAUUUUUAUAUCUAUCGUUCACCAAUCAAAGAGGUGUUUUGUUUCUUCACCAAGCUUCACUCAUUACAUUACACAAAUCAUCAUCCAUCAAACAAGGUUUUCAUAGAGCUGAAGGAGAUCAGUAUUUCUAA